CUCCAGGCUGCUGGUGUUUGUGGUGGGUGUGGACAGACACCUACGGUUCGGAGUUUUCCAAAACAUCUCAGCAUCCGCGACGAUGCUGAGAUAUUCGCAAAAUUUAGACCACGGUUCGAAUCUAAGCCGGACGUUGGCCAGCUGCAAUCGCAGAUGCAGAUGCGAGAGGCGAAGCCGUACAAAUGCACUCAAUGUGUGAAGAGCUUCGCCAACUCGUCCUACCUCUCACAACAUAUGCGAAUCCAUCUCGGAAUCAAACCAUUCGGACCAUGUCAGUAUUGUGGAAAGAAAUUUACACAACUGUCACAUCUUCAACAACACAUACGCACGCAUACCGGAGAGAAGCCGUAUAAGUGCAAAUAUACUGGUUGUGAAAAGGCUUUUUCUCAACUCAGUAAUCUUCAAUCACAUUCACGUUGUCAUCAAACUGAUAAACCGUUUAAGUGUAAUAGUUGCUACAAGUGCUUCUCGGAUGAGCAAAGCUUAUUGGAGCAUAUUCCGAAACAUAAAGAAUCGAAACAUCUGAAGGUGCACAUCUGUCCGUUUUGUGGAAAGUCGUACACUCAAGCCACUUAUCUACAAAAACACAUGACGAAACAUGCAGAUCGAACGCGAACAAAUCCUUUAGGAGGGUGA